AUGUCUCUUAUACUUCAGUUCUCAGUAGAAGAUCAGAUGAAGCACUGUCUGCUGCUGGACAGAAAUGUGAGGAUGAUGGUCCCUAUUACUCAAGGAGCCACCUCUCAUUUGGAAUCAUAUUGUUUGUUGUCACAUAAUACAGUUAAGGGAGUAGUUAACACCAGUAACAAAACAGACAAAGAUAGCAGUAAGUCCUCUGCAUCAUUCCUACCUGACAACACUGUACGCAUUGUUCCUGGGAAUACUUCCACUAGGCAGACUGAUGAAAGGAGAGAAUCUCUGAGUGAUUCAAAACAGACUGAAAGUAAUGUUUUGACGCCCAUUGAAGAUGUAUUAGCAUCUGAGAAAACAUCUUUGAUGGGAAUCGGGACUAAGACAGAAGAUAGUACCAGUUUAACAUCUGAGAGAAGUCAAUACAGCUCAUCCAGAUUUAUUCUUCCUGAUGCAACCAUUCAAAGCAGACCUGGUAAAAUAGUUGACAGUGAGCAGUUGGGUGGAGAUGUAAGCUCUGCAGGCAUGGCAAAAGAAAAUCGGAAAUGUGUUUCUUUCAAUGCCAGAGGUAGUCCGAAGUUGGGCAGAUCAUCGGAGACAUUGGCCGGCAUUGAAUAUGGGGCUGUAGAUAAUGAGAAUUCUGUCCAGAAGGAAUGUAGUAAUAAGCUGAGCUCAUCAUUUCUCCCACACAGCAGCAGUUAUGACAGGCCCGGUGUCUUGUCCUUCAGUGAACAAUCAGCUGUUGAAGUAAGGGUCACAGGCAGUGCAGAAGAAAUUCAAAAGAGUGGAGAAGACACACCAGAGGUUAAACGAUUGUCUAAGGCAUUGUCAGCAAGCGAAACUGGUCCAGAAUGCUUUACCAGACCAACACCUGAUAGGGAUAGCACUGGUUCUGUUCUAUCAUUUCUUCCUCACAGCACAGUUUACGAUAGUCCUGUUAGCACACCAUGCAGCAGGCAGUCAGAAGACUUACAGAAAUCUGUAAAUGAUAGCAGCACAUAUGGAAAUAAUGUUGCAUUGACUCCAGAAGACACACUGAAGACUGACAAAUCACCAGAUUCAGUGACAGAUAUCGUAGUUGAGGCAGAAGGUAAUGUUAGCUUCACGCCUAAGAAAACAUGCAAUACACCUGUAUCUAACUUUCUGUCAGAUACCACCAGAUUUCUGCCAGACAACAGUAUCUGGAAUACCCCCAGUAAUUCUUCAUGCACCAGACACACUGAUAAUGGAUCAGAGUCUGUAGAUAAUACCAAAAAGAGUGUUACUAUGACUAUGGAAGGUACAUUGGAAACUGACAAUUCAUCUACUGCAUUGAUAGAUACCAGUGCUGAGAUGGGAGGCAACAUCAGUAAACAGUGGUCAGCUUCACCGACAAGAAUCAGAGCUGAGACAUGUGAUGCUAUUAGCUCUACACCCAAGAAAACUUUGAGCCCUUCUGUUUCUACAUUUCUGCCAGAUACCACCAGAUAUUUACCAGAUAACACUGUAUGGAAUUCCCCCAGUAACACAUCAAGCACCAAACUUUCUGAUAAUGAACCAGAGGGCCUAAAUAACACCAAAGAGAGUGAAAGGAGUGUUGUGACUAUGGAAGAGACAUUGGAAACUGACAAAUCAUCUCCUUCAUUGCUAGAUACCUUUGCAGUGGGAGGCAAUGCUAGUGACAAAUCAUCGACUCCACUGACAAAAAUCAGAGCUGAGACAGGAGGUAACAUCAGUUCCACACCUAAGGAAACUAUUUCUAGCCUGUUACCAGGUACUACCAGAUUCCUACCAGAUAACACCAUUUGGAACACCCCCACUAAUUCGGCAUGCACCAGACAUUGUGAAAAUGAACCAGGCUCAAUAGAUAACACCAAAAUGAGUGAAAGAAGUGUUUUGGUGACUUUGGAAGAGACAUUGGAAACUGACAAAUCUACGUCCUUAGUAGGUGUCGAGACAGGAGGCAAUGUUAGUUCCAUGCCCCAGGGGAUUUGCAGUAAUCCUGUGCCGAGCUUCCUGCCGGAUACCACUACUUGUAAUAGCCCAAGUCAUUCAUUUGAUGGCAAGCUAUCGGCCAGCGAAAGAAUUUCGCCACUCAGUGAACAAGAAAAUUGUCAAAAUGCUACUGUGACCAUAGAAGACAGCUUAGAAAUGGAAGAAAACCCUACUUUGUUGACAGACAGCAAAAAUGCUUCUAGAUAUCUUCCUGAUGACACGAGUUACAACAGCCCUGUUGAGAAAGAUGUGUUGGAAAAUCAGCUUGACAGUGAACCGCUGGGAAUUGGAAAGUCUGCUGACAAAAGAAGCAUUUCAGGGCGAUGUCACACUGAUCUUGAAGAUAAAGAGGAAAAGUGUCCUCCUGUAGCUGAUAGUGAUGCUGAUGAUGUUGAUGAUGACGACGACGAUGAAGACUGGCAUGCCAGCGCCGUUGAAGAGGAAGAGGACUCUGAUGAAGCAGAUGAUGAACCAGUGGUAGCUGAUGAUGUGUCAGCUGUUGAUGUAGAAUCUGCCUCCUCCUCUUCGGCAUCCAUCGUACUCAUCAGCAGUUCUUCAUCUUCAACUAGCAGUGAUUCAGACAGUGAGGCAGCAGCAGAUGAAAGGAAAUGUGUCGGUGACAGUCGCACAUCAAGUGUGGACUUUGAUCCUCUACUUGAUCCUGAGAGUGACACUGCCGAAGAGGUAGCUACGGCAGCUAUUCCGCUGAAGGACCCGGACACCGAAAGUCAAAAUGUUGAUCAUCAGCAUUCUGGUGAAGAUUGCAGAGAUGGAGCAGAAAUGAACCAAACUCUGUCAGCAGAACAUGAGAGCAUUGCAGAUACUGAUCCAAAACUGAGAGAUAAUAGCUCCACAGAUGCGACAGAAAAAGCAAAGGAAACUGAAUAUGUGGAUAUUCAGUCCAUUUCCACUGGAGGUUGCAAAGUUUCAGAACCUGUUAGUGCAGUAGAACCUCCUUACAUCAGUGGAACAGCUAAUUGUGACAACACAAAUAAGAAAAGGUCCCGGAAGGGACUGACAGAAAGAAAACUCUCAAGAUGCAGUAGUGAGCCCCCAGCUAAUGUGGAGAUGUUAGGGAGACUGAGGACAAAGAAGACACGUUCUACUGAUUCACUUAACAAUUCAACAGGCCCAUCUGUUGUUACUGAAACUUUUACUGAUGAAGUUUCUCAGUCUAAAGAUGAGGCUGACAAUUCUCAUACAACUAGUAAGGGUCAUAAGAACAACAUUGACAACCCUCCAAAUGCUGGGAAAGGGCAGAUUAUUAGUGACAUACCAGAGCUGCCUAAUGAAUCAGUGUCAGACGACAUACGUAACUCAAUACAAGAGUGGAUGAAUAGUCCGAUUGUCACAAGGGCAGGAUUCAGAAGGUUGUCCUCAAUACAAAGUGAACCACCUCUGAUGGAUGAUGUGUCUGAUAUAGUUUCACUCCCUCGAACGAGGCGAAAAAAGACCAGUUCUGUAAUAAUGGAGUCAACUUCUCCAAAGAAACGUGGCAGCAAAUCCACAUCACAACACCAGGAGUCCACAGCUCCAAGAUCUGAGGCGCAAAGUGCAGAGCAUGAGCAACGGAUGGAGGAGUAUACCACGGAGCGUCGCCUUACAAGAUAUCAGCGCUCCCUACUAGCAAGAAGUGCUGACUUGGCAGCUGGAAGAGGGCGAAGCACACCACCUCAUGACCUGAAAACUUUCUCUUUACCAUCCCAAAAUCCUGUGCGACUCCGCUCAUCGGAUCGUCACUGUACACCUUCUCCUGGAGAUGUCGACAACGUCUCAGUUGCUCAGUCUGAAGAUUCUGAAGUGUCAAGCUCACUGACGAGUAGCAGCUAUUUGCAACGCUCUCCUAGAUCAGCUCGUUCGGAAAGUAUCAUCAGACGACCGUCGCGUCGGAAUCACAAUACAGCAGUGCGUUCACCAUCAUCAGUCUGUUCGAUGCCUGUUGCACCAGUUGUAUCACGGCAUGGAAGAUUGCGGCAGGUUAAGAAGAGAGGUGGUGAAGUCUCCGAGGAACUACAGAAAGAUGCUUCAGCCUUACAUCGUGCAAGGAAGACAAAGAGUCAUUCCAGUUUGGAUGCAUCAAAGAGAAAAUCAUCACCAAAUACUUCCCAUGAAGACUUGACAAAGCAAGAGUCUCAAGCCAAAGAGCUGAGAGUAACACGAAGUGUGGCAAGACUUGGGCCACAUUCAUCACAUUCAGUUCUGCAGCCAAUACCAGAAGAGUCCACAUCUAGUUCUGUCGCUGCGAGCAACAAACAGCCAGCCCCAACUGAGCGGCGCAAGAGGAAGCAUACAUCAAGGUCACCAGUUUCAAAGAAAACAUCGCCUAGAAGUAAGAAGCAGGAAUCUACAAGGAUAUCACCAAGAAAAGCAAUGAGGUUGCGCAGUCGUCUCCUGAAAUAAUUGUCGUUCAGGGUAACAUUAUGCAAGAAAACAAUUUUCUUUCUAAAAGAAAAUGGAAAUAUCAAAGAAAUUGACAAGUGGAACACAGUACUUUUUUCCAUUUAUAGCAGACACUGCCAAGUUUCUGGUAUUUCAGGUUUAUAUUUAACAAAAACAUUUAAAAAAUUGGACAGGCAUUUGUAUAAAUAUUUACUGUGUUAAAUGCAUGUAGGAAUAAAUUUCUCAUCUCUUGACAGGUAGGGCAUAGCCUGCAUGAUUUUAAUUUACGAAGAACAUGUAAACAGUGUGAAUUUGAGUAAUUAAGACACUUACUACUUUGUAUCACUGCCUUCCUGUUUUCUGCCACAGGUGACAGAAAAAACAUGCCCUCUCCAAUUUGUUUAUUGUGUCAAAAGUCAAUUUUAUGCUGCUACACCCAUUCUGUAAUAAAUCAAUCCUUUUUAAAAUAUGAGAUGAUAAUUUCACACAUUUAUGUAUAUCAUUCCAAGAAAUAAAACGAGAAGCUUGUACAGAAAUUCUUCCUAUGGCUUACACCACAACAUUUGUAGCAUUACAUGAGUGUCUGAGUUAUUCAGUGUAAGGAAUGAGGUGCAAGUAAAAAGUUUGUCCUUAUAAACAGAAGAGCAUAGCCUGCAUUGUUUCAGUUUUUCAAAACCUUUGUGAAUAUUGUGAUUUCAAAUAACCAACCUGCCAUGUUAUUUAAUGUGACUGAAGUGUAUGUAUUCUAUUAGAUAUGACAGAAAAUAUUGUCCCUUGUAUUUAUGUAAGAUAAUGUGUGCAAACAUCCAUUUUUAUUCUAUAACAGAUUUUGUAAUAAAAUCAGUGUUCAAAAUUCGA